GGGCGUUCCUAAUAGACUCCAUUCAGAGCCUUCUCUCCUCCUCUACUCCUUCUCUUUCUGAACGAAAACGGGAAACAGACGCUACUGCAGCACAAUGCUCCAAUUCGGAUCCAAAUUACUGCUUUUAUUCCUCCUGGCUUUUCCAUGCGGGCUUAUUUCUAACGGAGGGGUCUUUGCGCAGUCAGACCCGGAGCCAGCAGAUGAUGGUGCUGAUGUAGCAGUAGAGGAGGAGGAGGAGGAAGAGGAGGAGGAUGAAGUACUGGAAGAAGAACCUCAGACAGAAGACAGAGACGCAGAAGAUACAGAUGAUCUAGAUGAAGAUUCCCAGUCUGCUGAUGUAACGUCUCAUCCCGACGCAGACACCACCAUUAUCUUUGUCACUGGUGAAGAGUUUCCCGCCAACGAGAUCGUAAAGUUCCUGGUUGGUUUCACUAAUAAGGGCAGUCAGGAUUUUACGGUUCAGUCUCUGGAAGCUUCCUUCCGUUACCCUCAGGACUACCAGUUCUAUAUCCAGAACUUUACAGCGCUGCCUCUGGAAACAGUAAUUAAACCUGAGAAACAGGCUUCCUUCGAAUAUUCCUUCAUCCCAGCUCAGCCCAUGGCCGGCCGUCCAUUCGGACUGGUCAUUCUGCUCAACUACAAGGACAGUGAGGGCAACUCUUUCCAGAGCGCUGUGUACAAUCAGACCGUGACCAUCAUCGAGCUGGACGAGGGUCUGGAUGGAGAAACGAUGUUCAUGUAUAUCUUCCUGAGUGGGCUGGUGGCUCUGAUGCUGUUUGGAGUGUACCAGGUCCUCGAGUCCCGAACCAGGAAGAGAAUUGCAGUGAAGGUUGAGACGGGAACCGGUGGCAUGAACAACGUGGACAUCAGCUGGAUCCCCCAGGAGACCCUCAACGUCAUGAAUAAAGCUUCCCCAAGAGCCUCCCCGAGAAAACGGACCAAAAGAACAGCGGGCACCAAAGACCAGUAAACCCAGCAACAUCCCAGUCCUGAAAUACCAGCCAGGUCCUCAAUAGACUGACCACUGUCCACUCUAUCAACACUAAACCCCAGAACCAGACCUGCGGGUUGCAGACGGGACUGGUCUGGACGGGUCUUCUCUAUUAAUCAGUGUUUAUCUGAGAGCAGGAACAGCGGUACUGAACACAGAACCUCAGAUUGUACAGGAACCAGAUCAUACUGUACAUCCCACACCAUCAUUCCCUCAGACACUGAUUUCAUAAAUUAAAAUCUCUUGCCAGCCUCGACCGAAAAGUUUCAAAAAGACUGUUUUUAUUUUUACUUUUUUUGAAAACCUGUCGGAAUGUGAAGCUCAUGACCGAAGCUUUUACGAAGUUUCACACUCUGGAUUUGAAAGCCCACCAGUAUUCCAGAAAUAUGAAUAUGUGUCUUCCGAAAAUAAACCCAUGCAAAUGUUUGUAUAUACUGUCUCAGUGUCUGUCGCCCAACGUUUUUCAAAAUAAAAGAAAGAAUUCCACCAA